AUGUCGCGGAUCAGAUUUUUCCCCGAAACGAAUAUGGCAACGAAAGUGUACUCGGAUAUUUACCUAUUAAAGAUUUGUGAUAUCAUCGCCAACCCAUACACAAAGUACACGAUAGGUUACGCAAAGACCAUGACGCUGUCCAAGCUCUAUCCUCAGAAUAACACCACUCGACGCUCGGCGCACGGUGUCGCCAACCUGAUACUUGACCACUCAACUGAGGAUCAUCCCCACCCUGUGCUGAUCGCCGACUGCACAUAUGCAGCACCACGCACCACCACGAACAACAAUGAGGCAUGCCCUGAAUUGCAACGACAUGCUGUCAAUAUGAGCACUCCGAACUUUGGCAAAGAUUUGCUCGCUGCCAUACAAGUGAACCUACUCUUUCCGUUUUGUCACGUCGUAUGUGCAUUCGCGGGUGACAUGGGAGGCAAUCGCUUGUGUGCUGGGCACGUGGCUCUGUGGAUCAAGCACCGAAACGUCGUGGGUACGACCAGCAGCGCUGCACGCUCAAAUCUACUCGUCAUCAGCGAUGGCGAGUGUGAUAUGGAUGCCCUCGUCCAGCUUGAGUGUCAAGACAACUUUCAUGGAAUCUUUGAGUCGUUCUUCGUGGUCUCGCUUACGGAUCACUGGUCCACCGCAGACAAGGAAAAGCUCCGUAAAAUUCCAAGUUUUGUGACCGACGAUGCCCGUCAAUUUCAUGAGCACUGA